UCAGAUGCUCCCCGGCAGGAAGCAGGAAAUGUAGAUGUUCGGGUGCAGCAGGGAGGCUGCCGGAGCGCCCCUCAGGUGGGAGCGCUGCCGGGGCAGCAUGCGGAGCCCCGGGCUCAUGGCCCUGCUCUCGGCCCUGGCGCUGGCUGCAGCAUCUGCCGGCACUGAUGGUGAAAAUGAUGGAUCAGGAGAUGGAUCGAUGAUAUCACCCACUUUUACAGCAACACAUCUUCCUGCUACGGGUCCUUCGACCGUGGAUGACCACGAACCAGUACUUGUAACUGCAAGCACUGCUGAAAGCAGCUUUGAUACACAGAGCUCUCCAAGUACUGAAAUGAAUGCUGUGAACGAUGAGGACAGCCUGGAAGCAGCAGAACAGUCUAUCUUGAUAUAUGUUGUCCCUGUGGCACUGCUGGUCCUGCUGAUUUUGUUGAUCACAUUUUUUGUAAUGCAUCAUAAAAGGAAAAAGUCCAAGCAAGAUGAGCUGGGAAGUGAAAAUGUAAAAAGUCCUAUUUUUGAAGAAGACACACCCUCUGUUAUGGAGAUAGAAAUGGAAGAGCUUGAUAAAUGGAUGAACAGCAUGAACAAAAAUGGUGACUGUGAAUGUUUACCUACUGUAAGAGAAGAAGAAAAAGAAUCAAUUGCCAACCCAAGUGAUGGUGAAUCAUGAAGUCCUCAGAACAGCAAAGAACUGGCUAAAGGGAUGCAGCACACAAGCUCAUCAUCCCCCAGAUAUUGGAAGAACUGGAUUUAAAUAUAAUUCAUCUCAAAAGGCCAGAGGAGCAAAUGCUUUUGUUGUGUCCUGCUUUAUAUGGUCUUCAGAAAGGAAACAUCACCAAGGGAAAAGAAGAAAAGGAAAAGAAGGAAAAAAAAAAGAAAAUAAAAGAAAAUAAGAAAAGCACUGUAGCAAGAUUAAGGAAUGAUUUAAGUUAUUUUUGCAAUGAGAUUCACCACAAAUCAAGAGAAACCCCUUUUUCACUCCUGCUAAAAGUUCUCAAAGUAGUCCAUAUUUCUCUCUAGUUCUGCAGUUGUGUAUUGUGCAGCACUUAAAACCAAUUCUGUUGCAAAUUUGGUGGGUUUCUUUGUUUUUGUUUGGUUUUGUGAGUGUUUCAGUGUCCUUAAUUCUGGACUGCCCUGGUGUGGUGGAUGUGAAGCUCAUGCCUAUGCAAUGUUUAUUUCUCAGUUUGCUUUUUCUGAACAGCGCACUGAUUUGCACAGGACUGCUGUUGGGAAGGUACCAGGCUAGGACUGACAGACCAGCUCUGAGGACAGACAGCAGCUGAAAAGCCUCUCAAAGGAAUAGCCAGAAGUGACUGCAGCCCAGCCGGGGCACAGGGUCUGCAGAAUGCUUUUUGGUUUUCAGAUUAAAGGGCCCGUAGAAGCGACAAGUAUUAUUUUGAGACUGCCUUUCAGUUUGUUAUCUCCACAGAUGAGCGCCCUGGGCUAGCUCUCCCUGUGUAACUCUUCUCCCUGCCCAGGGCUGUUCUCUAACCACCUACUUCAGGAAUAUUCAACUUUAAAACUUCUUUUUUUUUUUUUUUUUCCCUUUUUUUUUUUUAAUGAGGGAGGUUGAAAAAUGGAGCAAUUCAGUAUUCACCUUAAAUACAGAUUUAGAUAAGCAUGUGUUAUGCGUAACUACUUGGUCAAGGUUUUCGGAUGCAAGAGGUUUUCUGCUGCUUCUGUUUUUAAAUACUGAGACUGCAAUAUCUGAAAGACAAGGACUUCUAAGUGUGCCCAGUCACUUUUAGUUACAACGAAAAAAAAUCAGACUCCUGGGAUACCUCAAGGUGGGAAUAUGAAUGUUGUAACUACUGUGUCCAUUGAUUUUAGAUAGCAUGUCCUUAGGGAUGUAGCUUAAAUAUGUAACACACAUAAAAAUGGAUCCUUGUCCGGGCAAAGUUUCUCUUGCCUUAUUUAAAAUAGCAGUUUCAUAUCCUACCAUAUCUUAUAGCCUCAUAUUCUAUUUAAAUAUAUAAUGCCUUCCCAUUGAAUAGAUGUUUAAUAUGAUCAGGUUUUUUUGCCUGCAAAUAAUUCUCUAAUAAGUUACCAUGCAUAGCUUGAUUAAAGAGAGAAAAAAAAAUGCCCCAAGCCUCUGGCAUCUAAGUAUCACUAAUAGCUGACAAAUACAGAGGAUGGUUCAGCUUUGUGAACAAUUAAAGACAAGUCAAAAUACAGAAGGAAAAAAUGUUUAGAGCUAACCAUAUUCAUUCAUUAUUGAAUUUGGCUUGAUUAGUAAUUUCCUCAAAGAAUAAAAAUUUCUUCAGUGUUCCAAAACAAUUUAUUGCAAAUAUUGAAUUUAGUAAAUGAGUGAUGGUAAAUAAAUUUUUCCUGUUUUGAUGAUUUUUAACUUUGAAAGAAGUGUUCUAAGUUCAUCUUUCACAACUUUUUUUAAACAUUUCCACUAUUUCCUGACAGUAAACCCAUCAUGUAGAAUAUUGAUUUAAAAGAAUGCAGUCACAAGGGGAAGAAAAAGUGAAAGACUGAAAUUUAGAAAAUUUUUAAAAAUUGGAGUAGAUGUUUUCCUGUAGCAGUUUUGUUAGCUACUUCUUUCCAACAGACAAAGAUGUUUUGCUCAGGUGUCCUACAAUUUGCAAAGCAGUAACCUGAAGAUGCCCAAAACAGAGAGACUAGGU